UUCUUCGCGAGAAGAACCGAAUUCCUCAUGUGCCAUCUCGACAAGAUGUGAGGGAUCUUGGUUGCAAGGACCCAACUAUUUGUAUGAAAUCGAGCAGCCCAACUGUUUCAAAGGGGUGUGAUCUUCCUUCCAAGAAGGCGAAGACGAACGGCUCCGAUCAUCGUCCUGGUGCUCUUGGUGACGUAAUCGCGAACCGAUUUCACUCACUCCAAGGAUUGUCCGAUCACAGAGGAUCCAGAUAGCGUGACCCAUCUGGUAAGGCAUUUUAAGCCUGCUGGAUGUCCGCUUCCUUCUCUAUGAAACAUGACUGAACGCGAAACCUAUGUCAAGAUGACUGUUGCUCAUGCCAAGGCCAUGGAGGCUAACAAUAAAUUUGUGGCGACCUUGGAGAAGCGUUUGCAAGAUGUUUCCCGAUCUGACGAGAUCCUCGAGAUCAAGAAGGUCGUCCGGGAACUAAAGCUGAGUUUGAAGUUAGCGCAAGAGCGAAAGCGUGCCAACACUGAUCGACUGACUGCUGCGGAUGAGUUGGAGAAUCAGGCUGUUUUCCUUAAAGUUCGUCUUCGCGUUACUGAAAACAAAAGAAAGUUGGCCCUUGAACAAGUUUCAUUUAUUGAAUUGUAG